GCAGCUGCCAACAUGAUAUGUACCAGCCUUGGCUAACACCUAGAGAUUUCAGUGUAAUAUAUUUUUUCCAUCUUAGUGCCUAUAGAAGCUAGAAAUACGCUAUUUUCGCUGUUAGCUGAGAGAUCAAAUAUUUUGUUGACUGAGACAAUGAUUAGAUUGAGAAUCCAGAUCAAACCUUAUGGUUUGAUACUAAUAAUAGUAGUAAAUUGCCCCCAGCCCCAACACUAUGUGGAACCUAGAAGAAUAAAGCAGAAAUGAUAAACAUAAACAUUUAUCAACAUCUCCAAAUGAUUAUUUUCAUCUUAAUAACUUAAUAACUUGCUGGAAAUCACUGUCAUCUGAUGGCAUUGUUUAAAGAACAACUCAAACAUUUUCUUCUAACACAGCUUUUUAAAAAUCCCUUUAAAAAUUUCGACUCUCAAGUUUUAAUUUUCACCUAUCAGAUCCUUUUCCUAAAGAAAUUUGAGGGCAAGUUAAAAUUAUAUCCUCUCCUACCAGGCCAUUAUUUAUAUAUGCAAAAGAGAAACUUUCCCAGGUUCAAUUGAUUGGGGCACAGGCAGAAGGCUUCUGGGUGCAGCCCCCAUUCAGUGGGCAGCAGCUGAUUUCAAGGAUGCACCAUAGUCUCUGGGGAGGCCAAUCAGAGCCCAGUCUUUUCUCAAAUUUUUUUCCUUGGGGGAAGUGAGGGGAAAAAAUUGAAAAGCAAGGAAGAGAUUAAGGAAGUCGUUGCCAGAUUCCUCGGGGACCCUUGCCAUCCCCCUCAAGUUCUGAACCCCAUCAGCCUGCAUUCACCAGUUUUACAGAUCUUAUAAACAUCCUCCGGAAAUUCAACCAAAUCAUAUAAAUAAGUCUUUCUUCAAGCUCCACAGAAUUGAGGACUUUAAAGCUAAUUCAAGGGUUUUACAAGCCUAACAAAUACAGUUGUAAAAAUGCCAUUGGAAUGGUACCACAUUGUACAAAAUGAGAUUGAUCUAUGCGCUGUAAAAGUCAACUAUCUUGAAGGCACAGCUCUCAGGCAAGAGAGCACAGCCCAGGACAGGCUUUUCAUGUCCUGUCUGGGGAAGGCCAGGCCUGCGACUGUGGUAAACGCAAUUCAAAUAAUUUCUGGAGCAGGGGAGACAACUGUUUCUGGUUCUGGAGCCACAGUGGGUGGCAGGUUCCCCCAAAGUCCCAGAAAAGGCAGGAAAGGGAUAUAUUCCAGGACAGUGCCCUUUGGACAGGUGACCCAGAAACCAAGCACGUUCAUUAUUGCCACCGCCUUGGGCCAGCACAGCUGCCCUCUCUGCUGGGUUGAGCCAGGCACCCUGGGUCACUAGCACCUCUGAAAUGAGGGCAGAGUUUCCACAUCUGGAUCUGUCUCAUCUCUGCCACCCAGCCCGGAGCGCGAGAGGGGAGCAGGUCCUAGGGCUGGCUUUGGAACUCAGUCUCACAGCCAUUCCUCUGUAUAUUUCUUUCUUGUUGAAACCAGUGGUUUCCAGCCUCUGCGUUCCUGGGUUCAGAGGCAGCCAGAGCGGGGCUCACAGCUUGUGUGUGUGUGUGUGCCUGCGUGUGCGAGCGCUUUGAGGCCAGGCAAUAGCUGGCCAUUGUAAGGAGGCCUCUGGAGACUCAAAGGAGACAUGUUGUACGUGGGAGUAGGGGGCCGGCAGGGGAAGAGACUAGCCUCAUCCUAGCCCUGGUUGGCUGGAGGUGAGCCUUUCCCUUUGGUGGCGAGGCCCAGGCCCUUGGUGGGACUGGGGAAAGAGAGGAGGAGAUGAUGCACCGAUUCCUAAGGCGUAGGAGAGAACUGGGGCGCAGGCCUGGUUUCUCAGAUCCCUUCUGCAUGUCGGUAACCCGCACCCACGGGGAGAGGAGUGCAGGGGGGGGGGCAAACUCGGGGCCCUGCCGGUAGGGCAGGCCCGCCCUGAGUAGAGUCAUCCUUGUCACCGCCCCUCCCGGCGCGGGGCUGUCAGGUUUCCUGUUUGGAGAGAAAAACCAGCAAAAUCCAACAAGGCAAAAGGGAAGGAGGAGAGACCGGGCCUGUUUGGGCCUUUGCGGCGGCCGGGACACCGGUGCCCCUGCCCGGGCUGUGCCCGCCGCCGGCGUUGGGGGAGAGAGCCGGGCGGGUUGGUUGUGCGCGCCCAUCAAUCUGCCGGGCGGGCGGGCGGCGGGCGGGCGGACUGGGGGCUGUUUGUAACUUUGCUGCCUCGGUCGCCGCGGUCCCCGGGGAGCGGGCUCCGGCGCUCGCUCCCAUUGGCCGCCGCCGCGUCAGCUGGUGCGAUUUGCUGCUGUCGCUUUUGGCGUUCGGCCAUCCAGAAACAAACCAGUUCGAUGACUACUAAUAGUUAUAGCCAGAUGUACUAAUACACAACAAAUCACAGUCCUGCAGAGGGGCGCGCAAAUGAGUUCCUAUUUUGUGAAUCCCACUUUCCCCGGGAGCCUGCCCAGCGGCCAGGACUCCUUCUUGGGCCAGCUGCCCCUCUAUCCGGCCGGCUAUGACGCGCUGAGGCCCUUCCCGGCCUCGUACGGGGCGUCGAGCCUCCCGGACAAGACGUACACCUCACCUUGUUUCUACCAACAGUCCAACUCGGUCCUGGCCUGCAACCGGGCAUCCUACGAGUACGGGGCCUCGUGUUUCUAUUCUGAUAAGGACCUCAGUGGCGCCUCGCCCUCGGGCAGUGGCAAGCAGAGGGGCCCCGGGGACUACCUGCACUUUUCUCCCGAGCAGCAGUACAAACCCGACAGCAGCAGCGUGCCGGGCAAAGCCCUCCAUGACGAAGGCACCGACCGGAAGUACACGAGCCCUGUUUACCCCUGGAUGCAGCGGAUGAACUCCUGCGCGGGUGCUGUGUAUGGGAGUCACGGGCGCCGAGGCCGCCAGACCUACACGCGCUACCAGACGCUGGAGCUGGAGAAGGAGUUCCACUUCAACCGCUACCUGACGCGGCGCCGCCGCAUCGAAAUAGCCAACGCGCUCUGCCUGACCGAGCGCCAGAUCAAGAUCUGGUUCCAGAACCGCCGCAUGAAGUGGAAAAAGGAAAAUAAACUCAUCAAUUCCACACAACCCAGCGGGGAGGACGCUGAGGCAAAGGCGGGCGAAUAGACGCCUGGGCAGGGACCAGGCCCGCGCCGCAACCUCCCUUGGCUUUGCCCCCUUGCCUUCGCCUGCUCCCCAACUUUUCUUCCCGCCUGCUCUCAUACGGGGGCUUUCGAAGCUUCAGGGGAGCCCGGCGCUUUGCAAACGCCUGAGCAUUUAUUUCUUACAAGGAAAAAAAAAAAAAAUCCCACACAGCCAAUCCCAGCGGUAGAGCGAGACGCACUGCACACGCAGUCCCGAUCUCCCAGGCUGCCCAAGCCGGAUCCGGAUCUCCGGGCCCGCCCCGAAUCCGUCCCCGGCUCUUGUAUUAGCGCCUCUGCACGGCCCUGAGCUCGGGUCGCUGGGUUACUGGAGAGGAAGGAACCCGGGGACCGAGCCCGUUUUGGUGUCUGGGCGUGUUUCCGCCUCAGUUCCUCGCCACCAAGCCCCAGAGAUCUUGAUCACCAAAUCAACCCCGACCACUGGGAAGAGGGGGCCUAAAGUCUGGGGCCCCAGCUCUGCCGUGGCCUUCUAGGCCGUCCCCAGACAGGAAGACGCGCGAGGAACAAAGGGGGACAGAGAGAGAGGCUUGUCUCUCGGCCCCGCGCGCAACCGUCCGUGGAGAAGAAGCAACCUCAGCCCAGCCGAGCCAACCUGGGCACGGGUGGAACUUCACAGCCCUGGAAGCGACUGGGCUCCCCGAAGGCUCUGAGCUCCGGAUUCCGGCUCCCCGCCUCCGACAGCGCCGGCGCUGCCACCGCAACAGCUUUCAGGACCUAAGGAGACGGCCCAGAGCCAUGGGAGCCGCAAGAGUCCUGGUUUUCAAACGUGCCAGGGGCGCCUGAGAUGCUUGGCCUCCACUGGGGAGACCCCCGCCUCGCCUUUAGGCUAUAUUUGUGAUUUACUUUCGUCUUUCAGAACCCAGAAAGAUAACCACGGAGGUACUAGGCACUGCCACAAAAUGCUUUCAUUAGCGCCCUCAUUUUACUCCUGGAGGUCUAAGCAAGACCCUAAUAAUUCGGCCCACGGAUCCCCAGCCCCAAACAGCUUCUGUGGCUGUGAGGAGCCUGGGCCCACUCUCUGGGUUCACCGAGAACCCUCCGACUUGGGGCCCGGUUGGCUAGAGGAAAGGGACUGGGUGGUGAAGAUUCUCCAAGCUGGAUACUCAAAGCAAAUCAAAUAGCAAACUAAUGACAGGAGAACCAUAUUUACACACAAGAAAAAUCGACUCUGGUUAUAAAAGUGUAUGGAAUUUGACCUCGCCUCGGAGAAACACUACACAAAAGCUAUCUUUAAUAGACGCCUGUCAUUUAAGAGCGGCAGGGACACUGCCCCUCACGCGCUCGAAAAAACAGAGCCAUAAUUGUAACUGCUGCUGCGGGUAGGAUUUAUUUCUCCAAUUGGCUAAAUGGCCUCCCCCCUUCCCCGAAGGUGAUAUCUGUAUUUUCAAAUUUCAGAGCUGUCGGCACGACGGGCAGAACCGACCCCAAUCUCGCCACAAAAAAUAAGAGGGGCUACACAGCGGGGAAAUAAAGUUGUUGUAAAUAAAA